CCAAGACAACCUAUAGGACUACGUCCAGUAGCCGUAGAGGACCGCCACCAUCGUGGGCCACAUUUCAAGCCACCUCCGCCCAAUUUGCCUGAGUGGCGAGAGGAGUGGCCUUCUGUACCGGAUGCGCAACUUCGGCGGAAGUUGCGCCAGAGAGAUAGGAGAAGCCGUAGCCAACCUAGGGUUACUUCAAUUCGUAGACCAGGCGACGAGAGCACCCUCGAUUUCUUUGCUCCCGAGCCCUAUGACGAAGAAUUUCCGUGGAAAGCGAGAAAACUGGAAAGAGAAAGGGAAAAGGAAAGAGCCAGGCCACAUACAGCUGCAGAGGCCAUAGAAAAGAUCUACUACAACAAAUAUCCCGAUGAGUUGCCCAGCAUACCUCAUGGAAUGCGAAGCUCUUUACGAAAAGACCGAAAACGAGUAAAAAGUCCGGAGAGAGUGACCUUCAGCAGAAAUGAGCCCGAAGUCAAAUACAGAACACCUCAGGACUCUGUUGUAUAAAAAUCUACGUUUGGGUGUAUCACUUUUGUGGCUUUUUGACUAUGAUCUCUAUGCGAUAAAACCUCAUUGUUUUCCAUGAUAAUUGUUGUAUGAUUAUGC